CAUUAAUGAAAUCAGAGUUAAUACUUUGGAUAGUCCUUUACCCUAAGAACAACAUCGUAUUGAUUUAUUCGCUUAUAUAAGAACUUAUGCGCACGAAAAAUUAAACCGGGAGAGUUUGGGAUGAAAUAUUUCGCCUGUAGGCUAUUUUAACUUUAUCAAGGUUUCUCAAUUUCGUCUGUUAAUCGAUCUUCUGUUAUUAACAAGCAGCAUGCACUGUACUGUAAUCACAAACCCUUAGGUUUUUAUACAGCUGAUAUUUACACUCAGCUCUAUACUACUACAGUGAGCAAAGGACUGUAUAGGACUUCUUAAUGGCCAUUUUAUUGGGGCGUUAAAUAAUUUCUAUAAAUAUACCCUAUAAACGUAGAAUAUUAUGCCAGGAUGUUCUGGGAUAUUGAUUUUCCUGAAUUGACUAUAGACAUUGCUGUUUAUGUGCGGCUUUAUCGUUGGUUAACGUUAAGUGGGAUAUAUAAAGUUUCUGGAUGGAAAAUUUCUUUGGCAGAAAGUCUGACCAGGAAUGAAGAUUCUAUUGUUACUCAUAAAAAUUGAAAGCAGCAUGUUUGUGUCAAAGCGUCGACUGAUUUUGAAGACCUGCGGUACGACGACGCCAUUGCAAUGUCUGGAGCCACUUUUACAUCUUGUGGAACAGUACACGGGAUUUGAUGAUGUCGAGGAUUUAUUUUAUUCGCGAAAGAAUUACAAGAGACCAGAAUUGCAGAUAUCACCUCAUCAGGCAUUCGAAGAGGAAGUUGCUCUGCUCGAUACAUUCUUUCCAGAUGGCGAAGCUUACUGUCUGGGAUCAGUGGACACUGACUGCUGGUACUUGUAUACAUUGAACAGGGAAAAGUCUUCCCAGGAUAAAAAAGAACCCGAUCAGACCUUAGAAAUUCUUAUGACACACCUGGACCCAGACGUUAUGGCUAUCUUUACCCGGGACGUGUGCUCUUCCGCGACGGAGGCCACGCAAAAGUCUGGAAUCGAGAAAAUCAUACCGAGCAUGAUGAUCGAUGACUUUUUAUUUGAGCCUUGCGGCUACUCCAUGAACGGAGUAUCCAAGUGUGGAAGCUAUAUGACGAUUCACAUAACACCGGAACCGGAAUUCUCAUACGUCUCCUUCGAGAGCAACAUUCCAGAGGCGUCUUACGAAGCAGUGAUACGUCGUGUCCUGGAGACAUUCAAGCCUGGAAAAUUCGUGGUUACCGUUUUCGCGAACAAGGAAUCCGUAGCCGCGAACACCCCUAAAGAACUGGAGCAAGCUGAUUGUCUAAACUUUGGUGGCGAUUGGUUACGGGACGACGUGCAGUAUUGUCGCUUCAAGAAUUAUGACCUGACCUGUGCGUUUUACUCUAAAUUCCCAAGCUGA